GUGUGUGUAAGUGUGUGCGUCUGUAGCCUGUAUGUGUGUAAGCUGCCUCAUCUCGUGUUGAUGACGACUGACUACCACCGAGUCUGACGGUGAACAAACGGGAUUUUAUAAUAAAUAAAAAAUACACUCCAGGGAAAAUUUUUACUUUUUAAAGUGAGUGACCUCUUCUAUCCGAGCUAACACCGCCGGGUCGGUCCGACACGAUGAGCCAGCCUCGGCCGGACGAGUUCAAGCCUCCUCCGGAGUGCCCGGUCUUCGAGCCCAGCUGGGAAGAUUUCAAAGACCCAUUUGCUUUCAUCAAUAAGAUCCGUCCCAUCGCCGAGAAAACUGGCAUUUGCAAAGUCCGGCCGCCUCCGGGUUGGCAACCUCCAUUUGCUUGUGAUGUCGACAAACUUCACUUUGUUCCCAGGAUCCAGAGGCUCAAUGAGCUUGAGGCUCAGACCAGAGUCAAGCUCAACUUCCUGGACCAGAUUGCCAAAUUUUGGGAUUUGCAGGGAUGUGCCCUGAAGAUUCCUCAUGUGGAGAGGAAGAUCUUGGACUUGUAUAAGCUAAAUAAGCUGGUAGCAGAGGAGGGUGGAUUUGACAUUGUGUGCCGGGAAAGGCGAUGGACUAAGAUUGCAAUACAAAUGGGAUUCGCUCCUGGCAAAGCUGUGGGCUCACACCUGCGAGGGCAUUAUGAGAAAAUACUCUAUCCCUACAAUCUGUUUCAGAGUGGAGCAAACCUGCUGGCACCAGAGGCAGCUUCCAAACUGAUGCGUUUGGAGGCUGAUCCUGAACUUGAAAAGUGUGUUCAAAAGCCAGUCCAGCCAGUGGAGAGUAAAGAAAGUGUGGAGAGCGUGGACACCAAGGAGGAAAAGCUGCAGGAUCUGGCCCAGAGGCCGCCUGUUCUAAUCCCUGAACCCCUCCCCAAUGCUCGCAGAGCCAAGCGAAUGAAGUGUGAGGCUGCCUGUGUAAAGACUGAACCAGGUGAGCCCACUGAUAGCAAGCCCAACCUGAGGCGGAGGAUGGGCUCCUUUGUGGCCAAGCAAGAACCAGAAAAAGAGAUUCCCAUCCCGGUGAAACAGGAACCAGUAGAAGUAAAGGAACCAUUAAUUGAAGUAGAAAAACCUAAGUCACGGUACAAGAAAUACAUCCCUCCUCCUCCUCCUCCAAAUCCACAACAAGGAAAAACGGCUCCAGUGAUUACUCCAGGUUCUAUCACAACCCAGGUGGAUCUGGUUGUGUGUCUGGUGUGUGGCAGCGGGGGAGAAGAGGACCGUCUGUUGCUGUGUGACGGCUGUGACGACAGCUACCACACCUUCUGCCUGAUCCCUCCUCUGCACGACGUCCCCAAAGGAGACUGGAGGUGUCCCAAGUGUCUGGCUCAGGAAUGCAACAAACCUCACGAGGCAUUUGGCUUUGAACAAGCGUACAGGGACUAUUCCCUGCGUGCAUUUGGUCAAAUGGCUGAUGCUUUCAAAUCUGAUUACUUCAACAUGCCAGUUCAUAUGGUACCCACAGAGCUGGUGGAGAAGGAGUUCUGGCGCUUGGUUGGAGCCAUCGAGGAGGACGUUACUGUAGAGUAUGGUGCUGAUAUCGCCUCAAAGGAGUUUGGGAGUGGAUUCCCCAUUCCAAACGGGAAAUUUAAGGUUUCUCCAGCUGAUGAGAAAUACCUUAAGUGUGGCUGGAAUCUGAACAACCUAGCGAUGAUGAAUCCAUCUGUGCUGACUCAUGUAACAGCUGACAUCUGUGGGAUGACGCUGCCGUGGCUUUACGUCGGCAUGUGCUUCUCCUCUUUCUGCUGGCACAUCGAGGAUCACUGGAGCUACUCCAUCAACUACCUGCACUGGGGGGAGCCCAAAACCUGGUAUGGAGCUCCUGGUUUUGCAGCAGAACAGCUAGAGGAGGUGAUGAGGAAACUGGCCCCAGAGCUGUUUGAGUCCCAGCCUGACCUGCUGCACCAGCUGGUCACCAUCAUGAACCCCAACACCCUAAUGGCCCAUGGAGUCCCAAUUUACAGAACAAAUCAGUGUGCUGGUGAGUUUGUCAUCACAUUUCCGAGAGCCUACCAUAGCGGUUUCAAUCAGGGCUUCAACUUCGCUGAGGCUGUCAACUUCUGCACCGUGGACUGGAUGCCUUUGGGCAGGCAGUGUGUUGAUCACUAUCGUAUGCUGCACCGGUACAACGUGUUCUCCCAUGAUGAGAUGGUGUGCAACAUGGCCUCCAAAGCAGGCACACUUGAUGUAGUUCUGGCAUCUGCUGUGCACAAGGACAUGGUCCUCAUGAUCCGGGAGGAGGAGAUGCUGAGGGAGAAAGUGAAGAAAAUGGGCGUGUCCCUUUGUCAGGAAGCUAAGUAUGAUCACCUCCAGGAUGAUGAGCGGCAGUGUGCCAAGUGCAGGACCACCUGCUAUCUGUCUGCCAUCACCUGUCCCUGUAGCCCAGGAGUGCUGGUCUGUCUGUACCACAUCAAUGACCUCUGCUCUUGUCCUGUAAAACACUACACACUGAAUUACAGAUACACACUGGACGAUCUGUUCCCCAUGAUGAAUGCUGUGAAGCAGCGAGCCGAGCUGUACGAUGAAUGGGCCGCCGUUGUUGCAGAGACUCUGGAGGCUAAACUUGAAAAGAAGAAAGGUCUUCCGGUGUUUCGCACUCUUCUUGCCGAAUCAGAAGCCAAGCUGUUCCCCGACAACGACCUGCUGCGUCGGCUCCGCCUGGUCACACAGGACGCAGAGAAGUGUGCCUCUGUGGCACAACAGCUUUUAAAUGGAAAGAGGCAGACCAGGUAUCGCUGUGGAAAUGGGAAAUCAUGCAGCCAGCUGUCUGUGGAGGAGCUGAGAUCAUUUGUGAGGCAGCUGUAUAACCUCUCCUGCAGCCUCCCUCAAGCCCCUUUGUUGAAGGAACUCUUGAAUCGUAUCGAAGACUUCCAGCAGCACAGUGAGAAGGUCCUGGCAGAUGAAGUCCCCAGCGUUGCCGAGAUCCAGAGCCUGUUAGAUGUCAGCUUCGACUUUGACGUGGAGCUGCCUGAGCUGCCUCGCCUCAGGGUGCGGCUGGAGCAGGCACGCUGGCUGGAGGGCGUGCAGCAGACCAGUGCUCAGCCUGCCACCCUGACUCUGGAGACCAUGAGGAGGCUCAUCGACCAGGGAGUCGGCCUGGCACCUCAUCCGUCCGUGGAGAAAGCCAUGGCACGCCUGCAGGAGCUGCUCACUGUGUCCGAGCACUGGGAGGACAAGGCGAGCAGCCUGCUUAAAGCCAGACCUCCACACUCCAUGGAGACUCUUAGUGCUGCUGCUGAAAAGGCUUCUGCUAUCCCAGCUUACCUCCCAAACUGUCUCCUCCUGAAAGACUCCAUCAGAAAAGCCCAAGAGUGGCUUCAAGAAGCUGAGGAGCUUCAGGCCAGUGGUUGUGUAAUGAUGAUUGACAGUCUCUCCGACAUGGUGCUCAGAGGACAAGCCAUCCAGGUCCAUCUGGAGCCUCUGGACCGGCUCGAGUCUUUAAUGGUGGAAGUGCAAGAAUGGAAGGAAUCUGCAGCAGCAACUUUCCUACAGAAAGACUUGAACCUUAGCUUACUGGAGGUUUUGUGUCCAAGAUGUGAAGUUGGAAAUGUCGGCUCUCCGAAGAGGAAAGCCAAGAAAGGGAAAGAAUCGCCGAAAAGUAACAAAAAGAAAACACCACGGCUCAACACUCUCAGUGAUGUGGAGAAAGCUCUGUCAGAGACCAAGGAUUCUACCUCUGCAAUGGCAACUCUGGAGGAGCUUCGAGUGAGGGAGAUGGAGGCUUUUUCUAACCUCAGGGCAGCUAAUGAGUCAAAGCUCCUUCCUACAGCCGACUGCAUGGACCUGAAGGUGUGCGUCUGUCAGAAGGCGCCCAUGGGUGCAAUGCUUCAGUGUGAACUUUGCAGGGACGCCUUCCACAGCGUGUGCGUCAGAGACUUGUCAGACUCCUGUGAAACACAGCCGUGGCUCUGCCCGCAGUGCCAGCGAUCAGAUAAACCACCUUUGAACAAAGUCCUCUCUCUGCUGGCGUCUCUGCGGCGGCUGGGGGUCCGCAUGCCAGAGGGCGAUGCUCUGCACUAUCUGGUAGAGAGGACGGUUAACUGGCAGCACCAAGCACAGCUGAUCUCACAGACCUGUAACCUUGCAGAACUAGAAGAGAGACCGGGAACUCCUCCAACCUUAACCCGCUGGGCAUCAGGCACCCACGACGGCCACAACAACUCUCAGGCUCCAUGUUUGACUCCAGAGUGGAAUAGGACAAGCCAUGCUCAGACCGUCUUCUACACCGAGCAGAGAUGCAUCCCACUUCAGGGUUUAAGUCGGGAUCUAGAGGAGCUGAUGGUGGAUGGGCUCCUGCUGCAGGUGUCUCUACCGGAGGUCCAGAGCCUGUACCGAGUUUUAUUGGACAGAGCCAGCAGCCAGCACACAAACAGAUGCAUGUCACCUCCACAGGACGAGUCCACAGACUGUGACCAACACACACAGUUUAACUCUCAGGGAAAAAAUUCUCCACUCAACCAGGAUGGCUUCAACAGUGUGAUUGGCUCAGAGAAGAAGAAGAGACAUCUGGAAGGUUUGGACGCAGAGCACAGGGAGAAGGUCAAAAAGCACGCUCAGAAAAGACAGAAGAUGAAUAAGAAGAACCUGCAGCGUAGGCCGACUUCGACCUCAUCCUCUCCACGCUCUGACUUCUCUCAAUCUGACGACUCUGAUGAGGAGAUGGCUGUGUGUCCUGCAGAGAGGUGUCAGCUGCCAGAGGGGGAAGAGGUGGAUUGGGUCCAGUGUGACGGCAGCUGUAACCAGUGGUUCCACCAGGUCUGCGUUGGCGUUACGGCCGAGAUGGCUGAGAAGGAGGACUACAUUUGUGUCAGGUGUAUGAUGAACGAUGGACACAUGAGUAAAUGAAGAGUUUUUGUUCUAUCCUGAAGGACGGCUGAAGAUUUCUGCCCCGUCAUUAGUCUGUUUAUCGAGCCACACGUCUGGAUGUGUCACUGAUCCUGUACUGCCCCCCCUCACCUCCCCCCGUCCUGUCCCGUCCUGUCUGUCCAACCCUUUUGUAACAACGGUGCUAUCUCCUCUUUGACUUGUUGUCCAGAACUAUAAUGUUUAGUUAUUUUUUUGUAUUUUUACAUAUAUAUAUUAUAUAUUUCUUUCUUCUUAUGAAAUGUUUGUGGUUGUCUAAAUGAAAAAAAACACAGGAUGUGAAGUGUGCUGCAUGGGAUUCCAUUACAUCAGCGCAAAAGGAGUCUUACAACACAACACACCAAUUAUGGCGGGUUAAUCAAGGGUUAAUAUUAUCGUCUCUGGAACCUCCUUGCAUGUUAAACCAGAGCUAAUGGGACAGAAAUCAAGGUUUUCAUACACUUACCCCUCUGAAAAAAGACUAUUACAGUUUUUCUUUGAGAUCCAGUGUUUAGUACAUGCAUCUUAAUAUUAUAAUUAUUCUCCCCUUUUUUGUAGAAUAGGUUUAUUUAUCUGAGCAAUAAUUUUGUCUGGAUUGACUUUAACGGCUUGAUCUCAGCUGAGUUGUGUUGGUGCUUUAGAGAUGAUGGUGUCAUGUACAAAAGGCUACACAGGUGGAUGGAUUACAGCUGUGGUUUGGCGAUGUAGCUCUAAUGCUACAGACGUGCUACCACAGAGUGUAACCCAGCAGAGAGUUACUGAGAGAAGGACCUGGGUUUAGCUGAAGAUGUUACAAGUUUAUAUUGUGGAAUAAAGCCCUUUUGUUCUA